AUGGCCCGACUUAAUACGGCCAACCCUUUGGUCAACGGCACCCCUCACAGGGGAAGCAAGGAAACACCUACCAAUAUUGACAACCGGCGGUCUAACCAGCCAUGCUCCAACACGAGCUCCCCAACCAAGCACAAUUUUUCGAACGCACAAAGCCAAAACCGACGAAAAUUAGCGAGAUCAAGCACUUUCGAUAUAUUACCAGACGACGAGUCCGCCUCUGAUUGUGAAAUCGAUAGUCAACCCACCGGAAAGCAGACACGACCACGAACACUAGGGCUCGCACGAGUGAACUCGCUACUCUUACCAAAGAAGCAAAGGCCCAGACCGAAUCCCAUGCGGACCGCAGGUUAUGACAAAGAGAACGACCUACCUGAACAUUCCACAGAUGAACUUCGCACGCCCGGUUCAACGUCAACCAGACCAGUACCAACCAGACCAAAUAUCUCGCAACAGCCAAGCAGGAACAGAGCGCGACAGACUGGCAGGCGAUCGCCAGUGAGCGAUGAGCAAGAAGAAGAGACUAGCGACCGAGGCUUUGACGACAGCUUUGAUUCAAUAGACGAAUUCAUCGUCAGUGAUAAUGAAGAGCCUAGCUCUCACGAAGAAUCCGACCAUGAAACACCGGACACCGAAGAGGAGCCUACACCACCACCUUCCCCUGCAAAGUCUCCCCGGAAGAGACUUAUGCGCGGAAGAAGACCGCCUUCCGAGACGGAACCUACAUUCACCAUGAACACGAACCCACCAAUAGAGCUGGAAGGAUCGAAGCCACUCGAAAGUCCAAUCCAUACGCCGGCGCUCCUCACGCUCGAGGAUGGCGAGGAUAGGGAUCUCGAGCCGAAGUCACACUGUGAAUCUUUCGAAGACACCACAGAUGAUUCCGGAGACCAAAAUGAUUCAACAUAUCCGUUGCAUCCGCGACUCCAGGAUCCCGACGAACUUAUUAAACACAUCGAGAACCUCGAUCUAUCGAGUGAAGAGGAAGAUGUCCCUCAGCCGCAAAACUUAACAUUGGACUCGGAUAACGAACUACCUUCACGACUCAAGCCAGGUCGCAAGCAAUCCACACCGCGUACUCCAUCGAAGUCAGAGACAAAGGAUACGCCCCCGACUACUGUAAGAGCCCAGAAGAAAGCCGAGGCGGCACGAAAACGCGAGAUUCGUGCGCAAGUCGCCGAAUUCAACGAGAAGAAAGUCGGGUUCGCUGAAGAUUUCCUUCGGCAUUUGGAGAGUCUCUUCGAUGAUCGCAUUGGCGGCAUGACCAAAGAUACCGGUGGCAUCAAACUCGUUUGGACCAAAAACUUCAGAAACACCGCUGGUCGGGCAACUGUUCGGUCAGAAAGGGUAUUCGUUGGAGAAACGAGUGUUGAAGAUCCCGGGCGCCGACGUUACAAUGCCACCAUUGAGUUGUCCGAGAAAGUCCUUGAUACCGAAGACAAGAUCCUGUGUACCCUGACGCAUGAGUAUUGCCAUUUGCUUGAUAUUCUCAUUACUGAAAACAGGGGCAAGGGUGCAGCGCAGCAUGGUGCUAGCUUCAAGCAAUGGGGUGCUCGAUGCACCAAGGCGUUGAAAGAUCACCCUGUCUAUGGAGGCCGAGUGGAAGUCACAACCAAACAUACCUAUGAGAUCAAUCACAAGUACGUUUGGGCUUGUGUGGGACUGGGGUGUCCCUUUGAGGUUGGGCGACACUCAAAGAGCGUGGACCCGGUCCGCCACCGCUGUGGCCGUUGCAGGGGCUACCUCAAACAGAUCAAGCCGGUGCCUCGUGCUCCACCGAAAAAGAACAAUACUAAGAUUGUAAUUCAUCUGGAUGAUUGA